AUGACGAUGGUGGUAACAACAACCGCAACGAUAACAUCAAAAAAUUUAUCAUCAACAGAAUGUACAAUAAUUUUAGGAUUAUUAUAUUUUAUACAAGGAUUUCCAUAUGGUUUUCAAGAUAAACUUAUACCAUUAUUAUUGAUUAUAAAAGGACAUUCACCAUCAACAAUUGGUUUUAUACGUUUAUUAUUAUUACCAUGGUUAACAAAGGCAUUAUUUGCACCAUUAAUCGAUAUGACAUUGUCGAUGACAAAAUGGAUUCAAAUCAGUUUAUUUGGUUUGAUAAUGAUUUCAGCUUAUAAUACAAUUUUCCCAGAUACAACCGUUAAUGAUGAUAGUAAUGGUGAAAUUACCUGGCAAUUUAUUAUUGCAUUAUUUUUGUUGAAUUUUUUCUCUGCAUUUCAGGAUAUUGCCGUAGAUGCUAUAGCCGUAACAAUAUAUUCAAAACAUCGUGAUAUAAUGACAGGAAAUGCUGGACAAAUUGUUGGCUAUAAAUUAGGUGCAUUUUUCGGUAGCGGUAUACUAUUCUGGAUUUAUAAUUUAUUCAAUUGGAAUGGUUUGUUUGCUGUUUUAACGAUAAUUUAUACGAUUGUAUUAUUCAUAUUUCAAACAUAUUCAAAACGUUUAUCGAUAAAUUCGAUCGAUAAUGUCGAUGAUAAUGUUGAUAAUGAUGAUCAAAUGACAGCAACAAAUAAAAAGCGACGAAAUCAAAUGAUCAAAUAUCGAAAUCCUAAGGCAAUUUCAUCAUUAAAUGAUCAACAACAAAAAUCAAAGAUUGACAAGGAUAAUCGAGAAACAACAACAACAUUACCAUUGAUCAGUAUCUAUAUAUUUAUAUUUGUUUAUAAAUUAGGUGAAUCUGGUUCAAUGGCUAUAUAUCCAUUAUUUUUAACAAAAUUUAAUACUAUAACAAGUCAAUCAUUAGCAUUUUGGAAUGGUACAAUUGGUAUUAUUUGUUCUAUAUUUGGAUCAUUAUUGGCAUCAAGAUUAUCAAUAUCAAUAUCAAAUAACACAGAAAAAAAAUUAUGGAAAAAUUUCUUUAAAAUCCAACCAACCAGAAAUCUUAAAAACUAUAGGCUAAAUAAAUUGAUCAAAUUUCGGUUAUUGCCCUUAUGUUUAAAAUUGAUUAUCUUUUCAACAACAACUGAAACAACAACAACCGAAACAAUAUCAUCAUCAUUUUUAAAUUUUGUAAGCAUUAUAUCAAUGCUAUUGUUACAUUUUAUUGGUGGAUUAAUCACAACCAUGACCUUCACCUUGAUGAUGAUUACUUGUCAACAACAACAACAACAGCAAAUGUCACGAAAAUCAUCAUCAUCAUUACGUGCAACACAUUAUACAUUAAUGUCAACAAUUGAAGUUUUUGGUAAACUUUUAUUAUCAUCAUUAUCCGGUUUGAUUGUUGAUAAUAUUGGCUUUAUUGGUGCACAAUCAUUAUUUAUUUUGUUGGCAAUUUUACCAUGUACAAUUCUUCAUUAUCAUCAUCAUCAUGGAACAAAAUAGAAGAUUCUCGCUCUCUCUCUCCCUCAAUGAAUUGAAUUAUCAUUGAAAGAUAAUGAUUAAUCAUUGAAGUACAUUGAGAAAAUAUUUACUAUUCAAACAAACUAAC